GCGGGCUGCAGCCUGCUGGGCGACUGUGCGCAGAGGCGGGCCGGGGACGUUCUGUUUCCUUGGCCGCGGAGCUGGCGGAGACGCGAAGGUACCCUGGCCCGGAACGUCCUGUGCGCACCAGGCUCUUGGCCGCCUGAACCCCCACGGUCGGUCCGGGCGUGGAGGCGGCCAGCCCGUCCUCGGUCCCUGCCGCCUCACGGCUGCGGAACGGUACAAACUCAUCGCCCCGGUUCCCUCCGCCCGGGCCCGGAGGCCGCGUCCCUGCGAGGGCCUCAGCCCCGACGGGCAGGUGCCUGGUGCCCGCGGACCGUCCCUCCGUGGGGCGCGAAGCCCCUGCUGGGUGGGCGGGGUGGGAGCAGCCGGGAGACCCUGCACGAAACAGCGCGGGAUGGCCAGCAGGUCCCGGACAGCUUCGUGUUGGGGAUUGUCGUCAUUCAAGGAUAUAUCUAUGGAGUUCACCUGGGAAGAAUGGCAGUUACUGGAUUCUGCGCAGAAGCACCUGUACCGGGAUGUGACUCUGGAAAACUAUAGUAACCUGGUGUCUGUGGGGUAUCAUGGUACCAAACCUGAUUUAAUCUUCAAGUUAGAGCAAGGAGAAGAGCCAUGGAUAAUAAACGCGGAAGUUUCCCGUCAGAGCGGUCCAGAAGGUUGGCAAGAAUGGUACCAGAAAAAUCAAGAUGAACUCGAAAGUGUUGAGAGAAGCUAUGCUUGUAAUGCAUUUGGAAAGCUUCAUCUGAGCAAAAACCACAUUUCUUCAAGACAAAGUCUCCUUAAAUAUAAUACACAUGGAAAAAGCUUGACACAAAACUUAACUUCAGCCAGAAGCUAUCUAAGACAGAAUCCUGAUCAGUUUCAUGGGUGUGAUGAAUCAUAUUUUCUUAAGCAUCAAAGAACUCAUAGUAUAGAAAAAAACUGUGUAUGUAAUGAAUGUGGGAAAGCUUUUCGUUGUAAAUCACAGCUCAUUGUACAUCUCAGAAUUCAUACAGGAGAGAGACCAUACGAAUGCACUAAAUGUGAGAGAGCCUUCAGUGCCAAGUCAAACCUCAAUGCUCAUCAGAGAGUCCACACAGGAGAGAAGCCCUACUCCUGUAUCGAGUGUGGGAAAGUCUUCUCAUUCAGGUCACAGCUCAUUGUCCAUCAGGAAAUUCACUCAGGAGGGAAACCUUACGGUUGCAGUGAAUGUGGGAAAGCCUACAGCUGGAAAUCACAGCUUAUUUUACACCAGAGAAGCCAUACAGGAGUGAAACCCUAUGAAUGCAGUGAAUGUGGGAAAGCCUUUAGUCUGAAGUCCCCAUUCAUUGUGCACCAGAGAACUCACACAGGAGUGAAACCUCAUAAAUGCAGUGACUGUGGGAAAGCCUUCAGGAGUAAGUCGUAUCUCCUUGUUCACAUUAGGAUGCACACGGGAGAGAAGCCCUAUCAGUGCAGGGAUUGCGGGAAGGCCUUCAGCAUGAAGACACAACUCAUUGUGCACCAGGGAAUUCACACAGGAAAUAAUCCUUAUCAGUGCAGUGAAUGUGGGAAGGCCUUCGGUAGGAAGGAACAGCUCACCGCGCAUCUGAGAGCUCACGCAGGAGAGAAGCCCUAUGGGUGCAGUGAGUGUGGGAAAGCCUUCAGCAGCAAGUCAUACCUCGUUAUACACCGGAGAGCACACACAGGAGAGAGACCCUAUGAGUGUAGCUUCUGUGAGAGGGCCUUUUGUGGGAAAUCACAGCUAAUUAUACAUCAGAGAACUCAUUCAACAGAGAAGCCCUAUGAAUGCAGCGAAUGUGAGAAAGCCUAUCCUAGGAAGGCGUCACUUCAGAUACACCAGAAGACUCAUUCAGGAGAAAAACCCCACAAAUGCAGUGAAUGCGGGAAAGCCUUCACUCAGAAGUCAUCUCUCAGUGAACAUCAGAGAGUUCAUACAGGAGAGAAGCCGUGGAAAUGUUCUGAAUGUGGAAAAUCCUUCUGCUGGAAUUCAGGGCUUCGUAUACAUCGAAAAACUCACAAGUGAGAAAUCAGAACGGAGUAGAUGUUAGAAGCAUUCUCACAGAAGCUGAUCCACAGGAGACUUCGGAUGAUAAUAGAGGCAGGAAGUCCUAAAAAUACUCUCUUAUCAAAUUAGUCAUAUGAGAGAGGCCAAUCAUAUUUGGAAUGAAUGUGCAAAAGCUUUCAGAAGUAAGUCAUACAAAUUUUUAUACACGAGAGAAUAGUUGCAGGAGUACAGAGCAGUAACUGUAUCAGACGUGGUAGCCUGAUUAUGAAGAUUUAACUUGGGGAAUUCAUAUUGAGAAGCCCUUGUAACUUUAAUAAAUCAGGAAAGCACUUCCCGUGGAAGCUGUGUUACAUGGGGAGUCGUGUUCCAGAUGUGCUGAAGAAAGUCUUGGUAGAGAGUCAAGUUUUUUAUUUUAAUAUGUAACUAGAGUAAUAGCAGGAAAAGGGCAAGGAACAUACUCUGAAGGUUAAGGGGUAUGGAGAGAGACUUUCCUGAGUAACACUGAAUAGCGUUUUAAAAAUUUUUGGUAUUUUAUUUUUAAAUGUAACUUGUUAUGUUUGAUAGUUUGUGGAAUAACACCCUCUAAUAUUUUCCAUAUUAAAAGC